GACAACGACCUCGUGCUUUGAGCUCAAAUGGUGCUACACAUGUCUCUAUAGUGAAAUCUCAAAACAUCCCCUGAAGACAUGGUCGUUUGACACUAGUGCUACUAGAAGUCCCUGGUAGCGUUGUUCACAAAUGGGUGUGGCCGUCCUGCACCCAAAUAUCCUACAUUCACAGGGAACAGCUUCGUUACUAACUCUCGUACCAUGCACGACCUGCGUACUUUGUAGCAGGCAGUCGUAUCUCGUGCGCGUAUUGACACGAUACGAUCCAGAUAAUGCAGCAUUGCUACUCAGUAUUCCAAAGCUAUUUUAUAAUACUUUGGUGGUCCACGAAUGUCAACAAGAUCUUCUAGGUGCCAGAACGAUUCUGACUGAACAUUCGAGCGCAUUCAUCUAUACCACUUAUUCCCUCUGGCUCUACAUUGAAUGUUCCAUGUUAUUGUCGUUGUUCCUUGUGGGAUGCUCGGUCUAGACCAAAAUUUUCAAAUCCACGUCUUUUCGAACCGGUCCCACACGCGUAAUACUUCAAUGACAUCAUAGAUUGCCGUGUCAAACAGUCUCAAUCCAAAUUUCUUUCUUG